UGAACUUUCGUUUGUAUCUUUGUCUAUCCAGGAACGCAAGAAAGAGUGGCACUGUUAACCGGUCCAGUAGAAUCCCUGAAUAAUGUAGCAAUGUUUAUCAUUGAGAAGAUCAAGGAAUCCCCACAGCUAGGAGUGAAGGCAGGAGCAGAAACCAUUACCUCACCAGAAAGAGCAAGACAGGUCAAGCUAGUUGUUCCCAACAGUACAGCAGGUCUAAUUAUAGGUAAGGGUGGAGCGAUGAUCAAAUCCAUAAUGGAACAAAGUGGUUCCAGAGUGCAGAUCUCCCAGAAGUCAGAUGGUAUCACCCUGUCAGAGAGAGUCAUCACAAUAUCUGGGGAAUGUGAUAACAACAGGAAGGCUAUGUCUUUCAUAAUCAACAAGAUCCAAGAGGAUCCGCAGAGUGGUAGCUGCAAUAACCUCAGUUAUGCCACUAUAACAGGUCCAGUAGCCAAUGCUAAUCCCACUGGUUCUCCUUUUGCAGAAGGUGUCUCUUCUGCAGUGGCUUCCAACCUGGCCGCUGCAGCAGCGGCAGCAGCAGCAAUGGGAAAAACACCACAGAUUCCACUGGCUGGCCAGACCUUAUCAGCACCUUCCCUUCCUCAUCCCAUCGGUGGCGGGCUGACCAUUCCUUCUAUGAUGAUCAGCUCCAGACUUCCCACCAGUCUACCAGCUCCCAUCAGCACCAGCCAAGCAGAUACCUCCACAUUAAGCAGUGCCAUGAGCAACUUUGCAGCAUACAACUAUCCAGGUCUAUCCUCUAUGGGCAAUCUUCAAGGUUCUUUGGGUGCCACAAGCCCGUUAUUAGGUGCAACAGCUCCAAUUCAGGCAUCCCCUCAGAUGUUCUCAUCAGGAUUGCUAGGAUCUUACCAGGUAGCCACCACCAUCAGUCCUUCCAGCAAAACAACUCUGUCCAGUCCAUCUCCCACCAGUACCGCCGACUCGCCCUACUCUACCAAUGGUAGUACAAUGGGUAUUACCAUCCCCAGUGCCCCUGAGACCAUCGUGCCUGGACUUCCAAUGAUGCCACUUGGUGCCACAAUGGCUGGUGCCACAAUGGCCGGCUUUCCUUCAAUGGGUGGCAUCACGGUAGCAGCCGACCCACAGAAGGAAUCUAUCCUGGAGAGCGAGGUGCCGGAGACCCUAGUUGGUGCUAUUUUGGGGAAGGGAGGUAAAACGCUAGUGGAAUUCCAGAAUCUCACCGGGGCCAAAAUACAAAUCUCCAAAAAGAAUGAAUAUGUUCCAGGCACACGCAACAGACGGGUAACAAUAACUGGUCCAGUUACAGCAACUCAGAGCGCACACUUCCUGAUUAUGCAGCGGUUGGCCCAAGAGGAACAAAAUAGAGCCUUGAAGGGUACCACCUAAGAAUAAAUCAAGUGAAGAGUCGUGCCUCACUCUCACUCACUAUAAAUCUUUCUUAUUCACCAAAGCUUCUUGGAUGACCAAGAUUUACCAUAGUAAUUAUAUAACAAGGAAAGUGUGCCUUGUGGAAGACUUUUACAGAUAGGCAGGAUGAGAGUUGAUGAAAUCACUAAUUUUGUUGAGAAAUUUUUUAAAAAGAAAUCCAAUCGGGAAUUUGAGAUCUUUCUUUGAAUCUUUCAGUUCAAUCAGUGAGCUUUUGAACUCAUGGGACAAUUCUAGAGACUUAAUCAAUUGUAUAUGUGAGAAAGAAGUUAGAUUGAUUUUAAGAAACUUUCUCAAUUCCUUGAUUUUGAGGACAGCAAUCGUGUCUUUGAUUAAUUUGUGUUGCCUUGUUAAGUCUCUACACAUUGUGAUUUCACUCUUAAUCAUGGCAUUUUUAUGCUGCUCGAGGACCCGCCCACUGGUUAUAUUUUUUUGGAUGUGCAGUUGAUUUACGAAGGGGAGAGUGCAUAGACAAUAGUUGUGUAAGUAUUCAUAUGUUGUAUAUUGAAUAUCUGAUUGAUGCUUCCUCCGUUCCUGAGAGAGAAAACUGAUUAUUUUUUUGUGUUCUUUGUACUUUGAUUCUUCUCUGAUCAGAAAUUCUUCCCAGAGAAUCUUUCUUUGUUUGUGGUUGGUGAAAGAACGAGAAACCAUCGAUCACAACUGGGACUAAGCAAUAUGGUGCUGGAUUUGAUUAUUGUAGUUGUUAGACUUGGGGAUGGGUUUUGUUUUUUUAAACUCAUGUCAAUUAUCAACGAUGAUUCGAUCUCUUUCCUUAUUUGUCUACCAAUUGAUUUAUUUAUUGAUUAUGUUGUCAUCUUUUUUUUUUUUAGUUUAAACAUGUGUAUUUGCAACUCUUUCAUGUAGACUUUUAUAGUGAACAGAAGCAAAAGCCUUUUGUUAGUACUGCCCAUAAGAAUUCAUUUUCCUGGAGAAAUUCCUAUACCUUGAGAGCGUGACUAUAGAGUUGACGUCUGGGAAACUCUUAGAAAUGGAGAAAAAAAAGUAUUAACGACGAACACCGAAAAGCGAUCUCGCCAUCACAAAGCAACAUCUCUCACUCGUGCUCCCAAAUCCUCAACUCCAAACUUCAAUAUCAGACCUGUAUUAACAACAUGCAUGCUGCAUUUCUUGUGGGAACAAAAUGAUACCCGACUCAUUUACGUACAUGUACAUAUUAUCUGUGUAUGUAUGACUUUGCAACAUUACAUACAGAGAGAACUUCUCUUCACGCCUUUUGUUUUUUUUUCUCCAGACAUUUAAUACUACCUUUGACAUUUCAGAACAUCGUGUUUUUGUUGAAGCACCUUUAUUUUUCAAGACUGUAAACAUUUCCUCUGAUACUAAAGCAUCAAUAUGUUUCGUGUACACAGUCUUAAUCAUGACUCAUCUUGUGAUGCUUCAAUCUUCAAAUCACUUGACCCUCUAACUUUUUGAAGGAUUUAGAUCUUUAUUUUCUGCCACCUGUAUUUUGUGUGUUAAAAAAAACUGAUUCAGCUAGUUUUAUCCCACCUAUGUUUAUUUUCUCCAUUUAUACCAAAUCAAUCUCAUUUUGGGUCUAAAUAUGUCUAUUUUUUUCUGCUUUCAUCUUUUAUCGUCAUGUGUUGAUUAAUGCAUUGAUCUUGGUAAUUUUAUGCAUUCACAAAUCAUGUAUAAUGUAGACCAAAUUCAAGGCAACUCUUCAAUUUCUAUUUGGUAAGUUUUUAUCAAAGCUUUUCCAUAAGUUUCCAAUGUCCAAAAUAGGAAAACAGCUCUCAAUAAAAGGAGAUGUUUUAUGCAGUUGGAGGUGAUCUGGAAAGUUACUUUUAAACUUUUCAUUUUUUGUGUGUGUUUGACUUAUCAUCCAAAGUUCUGGGGAGUGUUCCAUGAAACAAAUAGUCAGUGAUUAUUCACUGACUAAUUUGCUAUGAGCCAAUCAGAUGUAAGGAUUUUGUUAGCUGUCAGUGAAAAUCACAGAUAUUUGUUCCAUGAAAUGCUCUCUGUACGGUUCACCAACGGUCUCUGAAGAUUGAAAGACCUUGUCCAAAUUCAACUCCCUUCCUGUUUGGUUUGUACAUGUAUAGGCUUCAGUUUGGGUUACAGUGUACAUCUGAAUGGCUAGGUCUCAUUGUACAUGGUUUGUGAAUGCGGGUUUAUGUAAUAACAACAUCUCAAUGAGUAUAUGCUGCAUUUGAUUAGAGAUCACAAAUCAAAACCUUUGUGGACGUAGUACUACUAAGACUUAGAAAACUAUCACUUUGUAUGGGACCAGAGGGUAAUGGUAUGAUGUGCAUUCUAACCAGAUGAUAAUAGAUUCAAUCUUUUCAUGGGACUCAACUUGUCAGUCACCCUUUGCUAUUUAACCAAGUUUCAUAGCUUAAAAUGCUUUUCAUUUUGUUUUUUUUUUCAAGUGUUUUCACUCUCUUUCAAAAAUACUUUCAUAAUCUGUACCAAACAUAUUUCAGUCUUUUUUUCAGGGGGCAUAUGACCAAUAGAGUAUAAUAUAUAUCUAUAUAUAUAUAUAUCUAUUAAUGCAUUUUGUUGCUUUUGUCGUCCAUGUAUAGUGAGAUAAUUUUCUAUGAAUAAAUCUAGACACGAAAAAUUCAAACAUUA